UAACACACACACACACACACACACACACACACUCACACACAGAGGCACAAAAGCAAUCUGUAGCGGCUCCACAGCUUCCCCCGAGGGAGGAGGUUCCCAGCAGGGAGUUCUGCAGCUUUGACCUGCGAGGAAGAGGCGGCUCUGCUCGGAGCAUUUCUCUGGCAGAUCAUGUCUUUCCAGUCUGAGGAGGACCUGUCCUGUCCCAUCUGCCAGGACAUUUUCACCGACCCCGUCGUCCUGUCGUGCAGCCACAGCUUCUGUAAAGACUGCCUGCAGACCUGGUGGAGGGACAAGCCCGUGCGGGAGUGUCCGGUCUGUAAGAGGAGGUCGUCGAGGAGCGAGCCGCCACGCAACCUGGCGCUCAGGAACCUGUGCCAGACCUUCUUACUGGAGAGGAACCAGAGAGCCGCGGCGGGGCUGGAGGGUCUGUGCAGCCUGCACUGCGAGAAACUCAAACUCUUCUGCCUGGACCACCAGCAGCCGGCCUGCCUCAUCUGCAGGGACUCCAAGACCCACGUCAACCACAGGUUCAGGCCCGUCCACGAGUUCGCCCAGGAGCACAAGGCGGAGCUGGAGAAGUCCCUCAGGCCUCUGCAGGACAAGCUGAAGAUCUUCCAGUACGUCAGAGCGAACUGUGAAAAAACGGCCGAGCACAUCAAGGUCCAGGCCCAAAACACGGAGCGGCAGAUCAAGGAGCAGUUCCACCAGCUUCAUCGGUUCCUGGAGGAGGAAGAGGAGGCCAGACUGGCUGCUCUGAGGGAGGAAGAGGAGCAGAAGAGUCAGGUGAUGAAGGAGAAGAUCCAGGCUCUGGGCAGAGAGAUCUCGGCUCUGUCAGACAUCAUCACGGCCACGGAGGAGAAGCUGAAGGCUGAGGACGUCUCAUUCCUGCAGAACUACAAGGCUGCGGCAAAGAGAGUGCAGCAGCGCCCCCUGCUGGAGGACCCCCAGCUGACCGUGGGGGCUCUCAUCGACGUGGCCAAACAUCUGGGCAACCUGAGCUUCCACAUCUGGAACCAGAUGAAGGAGAAGGUCUCCUACAGCCCUCUGGUUCUGGACCCGAACACGGCGAACCCGGAGUUCGUCCUGUCUGAAGAUCUGACCAGCGUGAGCCACGGCGAGCGGCGGCAGCUCCCCGAGAACCUGGAGCGGACCGACUACCACCGCUCGGUCCGCAGCUGGGAGGGCUUCCACUCCGGGACUCACAGCUGGGACGUGGAGGUCGGAGACAACGCCGCCUGGUUCGUGGGCGUCGCGGCGGAAUCCAUCCAGAAGAAGGGACGCGUCAAGUCGGGCUUCUGGCAGAUCGAGUACUUCAACGGGAAAUACAGCGCGCGCAUCCUGGGAGCGCCGUCCUGCGGUCUGCGCCUGAAGAAGAAGCUGCAGAGGAUCCGGGUCCACCUGGACUGGAACCGAGGGAAACUGAUGUUCUUCGACCCCGACACAGGCACACACAUCCAGACCUUCACACACACCUUCACCGACCGGCUGUUCCCGUGCCUCGGCACGCUGCACCACACUCCGCUGAAGAUCCUACAGAGCAAGAUCUCCGUGAGCAGGGAGUAACUCAGACCAGAGACCGCCACAUUUCAGACCAACCGGGGAAGACACAACGCCACUCCUAUUUAAAGAUUAUAUUGAUGCUCAGUAGCGUUCUGUCAUCGAUUCACACUAACUCUUCCCAACAAGUUCAAGGAAAUGUGGACUCAUAAAAUACCAUGCAUUUAUUUAAUUUUCUGAACCUGAAAGCUGCUCUUUAGCUCAGUAAUUCCCAACCUUAGAUUCUUAAAGAUUCACGAGGGGUCGCGAAGUCCUCUUAAUUUUAAGAGCUAUAACAUCUUGUAAUGUUUUUAAUGUAUGUGAUUCUGCAUUUAAUUCAUCUAUGCCUCAAAAUUGCUAAGUUUAAGCAUUAGAAAUUAACUGUUUAUUCAAAAUUUCAUUAAGAAAAAUGGUAACACUUUACUUGAAGCACCUGGUAUAACACAUUAUAAGUACAUUUAUAAAGCAUUAUAAUGCCAUUAUAGCACGUGUAGCUAUAGUUAUAAACACUCAAAUGAUCACAAUGCCAGGACCU